CUUGCGACGGUUAGGCUGCGUCUGGGCGGGCGGGCGCCCUCGGGUCGGUGAUGGAGCGCCGCCCGGCAGCGCCGGGACCCUACCGCGCCACUGAGCUGUGGAAUGAGAUCACCAGGUAUUUCCGAGCUGCCAUGCCGCUGAGGACGCACAGGCAGCACUUCAGAAAGCACGGCAGCUGUUUCACCGCCUCCGAAGCUGCGGAUUGGCUGCACGAAGCGCUGAGGAGCAACAGCAACUUCGGGCCUGAAGUGAGCAGGCAGCAGACCGUCCAGCUGCUAAGGAAGUUCCUCAAGAAUCACGUAAUUGAAGAUAUUAAAGGAAGGUGGGGGUCAGAAAGCCUAGAAGACAAUGGUGCGCUAUACAGGUUUCCUUCAACCUCUCCAGUUAAACCUCUACCAGCUUCACGUCGCCAAAAUGAAAACUUAGGAACCUUCUCUAGAGAUAGACUUCUUAAACUGCCACAUUUAUCAAGGAGAAUUCCAAAAAAACACGAGUUGCUGACACCUCUGGAAAAUGUGGAGAAAACAAAGCUGGAUAAAACAGAAAAUGAAGAGGAUGCGCAGUGCAGGAAGGAAGUAAGCCAAGAAUACGUGCAAGAAACUUGGAGGAAUAUCAUUCUAAUACAUUUGCAAACCAUCUUAGGCCUCCCAUCCUUGGAAGGAGUUUUGCAGCCAACACAGAUAGUUCCUGAGUAUGUCAUAUACAAUAUGACACACACAAGCAAACAUGGUGUUGUAAUUUUGCAGAACAAAUCAGAAGACCUCCCUCACUGGGUGUUGUCAGCUAUGAAGUGCCUCGCCUACUGGCCUAGAAAUAACGAUAUGAGCCAGCCAACUUACAGUGGGUUUGAACGGGAUGUCUUCAGAACAGUUGCUGAUUAUUUUGUCAAUCUUCCUGAACCAUUGCUUACUUUUGAAUAUUAUGAACUUUUUGUUAAUGUUUUGGUUAUGUGUGGCUUCAUCACAAUUCCAAAUAUAUGCAAUGGAAAACAUUCAGUCCGAGAUGAGACCUGUGACCCACAGCCUUCAAAAAUUCUUCACUUGAACUCUUUCAAGUCAACUGAAUGUCUUCUUCUAAGCCUACUUUGCAAGGAGCCAAAGGAAAAAAAGGAGGAGUGUGAAGCUUCCUGGAAAUCCUCUUCAGAAGAGUUAGCUGUUCAGACACAACGUGCAAAGAAAUUGCAGCAGUGUAAGCUGACAAGUAAACAAGGCAGUGCUGACAAUCUCAUAGGAGGAAGCUGUCAGAAUCUUUCAGGUUUCAGGAAUGAACAAGAUCAAUCUCUAAAACUUAGGACAAGAUGUUACUCUUUGGAAAGAAUUGGAAACACUGCCUCAAGAGUGCAUGAUAAAGGAAAAUCUGAUUCCCUCAGGAAAACUAAUGUCUUGAGCACAAGAAAUGAGGAACAAUGGCUACCAUGUGUGUCUAAGACUGAGUCUGUGUUGGAGUUUGGUUUUGAAAACACAUGCCAAAAACAAACUGAUGGUUCCAAGAGAGCGUCUGCCUCAAUUCUUCUGGAUAGAGAGCAAUUUAAAGAAAAGCUUAAAUCAAAGCAAAUAUGCAGGUCUCAGAGUUUACUUGGGAGCAGGAACUCCAGAAGUUGCACUAGCAUCAAUGUCCCAGUUGCUGAAAUCACAGUAAAGCCGAGGUCUCAGCGCUGUGGGCAAGGAAGACCAAAUACUUCAGUGGCUACAUCAGUGGGCAUCAGGACUGAGGUUUCUGAUAUAACCAUCAGUAAGAGACUCUGCAGGAGUACCGUAGAACUUUCAGAAUGCUCUUUCACUCACUCUUAUAUGUUGACUGGCACGCAAAGUCUCCUUCAGCCUCACUUAGAAAGGAUUGCUGUAGAAGCACUACAGAUCUGCUGCUUGCUGCUUCCACCACCAAACCGCAGGAAGAUGCAGCUCCUGAUGAGAAUGAUCUCUCGGAUCAGUGAGAACGUUGACAUGCCACGACUGCACGAUGCCAUGGGCACACGUUCUUUGAUGAUACAGACUUUUUCUCGAUGUGUGUUGUGCUGUGCAGAAGAAGUGGAUCUUGAUGAGCUGCUUUCUACACGAUUAGUUUCAUUUCUAAUGGACCAUCAACAGGAAAUAUUUAAAGUACCAACUUACCUGCAGGUUGCAGUGCAAGAUCACAUAGAAUACAUGAAGAUGGCUCAGUGCAAAUAUCCAGGGGAAGAGAUUUGUGCCAUAUUACCAACCUAUUCGUACUGUGAACAAAUAACCCCUCAGGAGUUUGAGGAACAAAAGGUUUCUACUUCUCAAGCUGCUGUGGCAGAGCUGCUAGAGAACAUCAUCAAAGAUAAGAACUUAUCUGUGAAAGAGAAAAAGAAAAAGUUAAAACAGUUCCAGAAGGAAUAUCCUCUGAUCUACCAGAACAGAUUUCCAACCACAGAAAACGAAGCCAUGCUGUUUGAGAACAAACCUACCAUUAAACAACCCAUGCUCAGCCUAAGAAAACCCAAAUUUCGCAGCCUGAGAUAUUAAUGUCAGCUGCACGUUUCCUGUGAGUCUGUGUGUGUGAAUGGCUGACCAAGGCCUGCUUGGAAUGGAGAUCUGCAGUGGCUGUGCACGUGGAAGGAAGAAAUGUUUACAUGAACACUAUGCAGAGAAGUGCCAAAAUAACUUUGUUUUUUUGGAACUUAUAUUUAUUGUUUUCCUAGAAGUUAUUGAACUGUUUACAAGUUAAUCAAUAUAUUGUGCUCAGCAAAAUAAGUGUGGAGAUGAAGCUACUAAUUACCAAAAAUUUAUAUAUGGUUUUAAUUUGGGAAACUAAUGAUAUGCAUAUUGUAAUGUUUUUAAUGUCUAUUCAGGAAUUGGUGCCAUGAAUUAUAGUUUGUGUGCACUCCUAAUUGUUUGCUUGGUGUGAAUAAGUGCCUGCAUUGUUUUGUUUAAAGACAAACAUUUUGAGAAAGCAAAGUUGAGUUUGGAAGUAAAUUAAAACUUGUUUUUGUUAUUUCUACAAAGGGGGCCAGAAAUUCACCAGAAAGGAAUUAUCUGACUCCUUAAAAUACUUGUUUCCUCUCAUUUGAAACACUUUUUAGAAUAUUUAUUUAUAUUAAAAGCGUUCUGUAUAUCUCUGAUGUUUUCCUGGAAUGCUUAUUUUGGAUGUAGUGAUAUACUUCUCAAACAGCACUGGGUAAUGUGAUGGGACAUUGAACAGAAUACUAACGCGCUGUUUCCCUGUUUUGCUUCCAGAAGUAAGAAGUGGAUCUGUGUUGGUGUUCCUGUGAGAGAGCAGCUUAAAGUGUUUUCAUAAACAAGGCUCUAACUUAACAUUUGUAUUUAUACACACACACACACACACACACACACACACACACACUUUAGUGUUAUUCAUAAAGCUCUCUUAUUGUCACUUCUACAUUGUACAUCAUUACUAUGUGGUUUUUGUCCUUUAAGGGUGAACACUUUGUAAGCCAAGGAACACCAGAUUUCAGCCACUACUGGUCCCACUUCAAUGUCCUGUGGGUACCCUGGUGCUUACAUAGCUGAUGGACAUGCAUGGUUUGUAAUGCCUGUGGACAACUUUAGCAUCCUGUACCUGCACAAACUUGCUUCUGCUCCUUGGGCUGUUAAGUGUUUCAUAAACGUGUUAGUUAGUUGUGUUCUAAUUAAGCAACUUACUAGGCUCACAUUUCUUAGGACUUGCCUCUCAGCAGCUUGCCCUCAUUAUUCAGUCCUUGAUCCACAUUAUUUAAUGUUGUUUAAUUAUUUAAUGUUCCCUUCUGAGGUUUUGAAAAACUUAGAUAAUAAACAGAAACUGACCAGCAGUGGGACAUUUCCUCAGACGGAAAUAGGUAAGAAAGGCUUACAUUAGAGAUCUAUCAUUUUGUCUUGACAGAGCUUUUAACCAUUUUUUUUCUUUUGCAUAUCUGUAAUUCUAUUUGGGGAGCAGCUCACCAGGCACGAAAUCACAGGCUGUAACCUAUCAAUGUGGUAUAACAGGAUUAUCUGUUGCUUGGAGUAUAGCUUUGAUCUAAGAACAGGGACAGGAGGAAGGAUUCAUGGCUGUCUUGCAUUCACAGGGAAAGAAAAAAUGCUUUGGUGUGGCUGUACUGGCACACACACAAACACGCACUGCUAAUGAGAGCUCAGUGCUGCACAGCUGAGCAAAGGUUUGGUUCUGCUUUGUUCCCCUUUGCUCUGAGAGGGGAGGCUGGUGAGAGCCAAGGGCUCAGGGCUGCUUCUCAGGUUCCAUUCCACACUUAGAAAAGUCCACGUGUUCCUGUAUGCACACUGUGGCUUUUUAACUUGUUUUCAUGCGAGAAUUAAACUCCUAUAAACAUG